ACCAUCACCAUCCCACCCCACCCUACCCCUUCUCUUCAAGGAAAACAACCAUACAAACCUCCAAUCAUGAGUUACUCAACUUUCCAUAACCACAAAACCUCCCAACAAAAACAACACAAACACACCACCAAGAGACUCACUGAGGAUCAAGUGAGACUCUUGGAAUCAAAUUUUGACUCCACCAAAAAGCUCGAUCCGGAGCGAAAACAACAACUUUCUCGGCAGCUUGGCAUCCCUCCAAGACAAAUAGCCAUUUGGUAUCAAAACAAACGGGCCCGCUGGAAGAACCAGAGUCUGGAGCAUGACUACACCAUGCUCCAGCUCCGGUUGGAGGCCAUGUUAGUGGAGACUGUUCAACUUCAAAAGGAAGUUGAACAACUUCGAGUAGAGCUCAAUAAAGUAAAAGCAGAACAAACACAACGCUAUAAACAUUACAACAACAAUAACAACCAUCGAUAUUCCAUGAAUUAUUCGAUCUCCAUAUGUGGUGAGGAAGCUCGGAGCUCAUCUAGGAGCUUGGAAGAAAAUGUGAACAAUAUAUAUUCUUUUGGUGAACAAGUUUUUGAAGUGGAGGAGAUGUAUACCCCUGGUUCUAUGAUGGGUUCGGGUCUUCGAGCUUUCGGGUGGGGAAAAAACUUAUUUUAGACAUAAUUCAAUGUUUAUCGAGUUGGCUACAGUCAUUCUUGCAUGAUAUAAUGAUAUUGUUGUGUGAUAUAUAACUGGCUUAUAACAUUCAUGUUGGAUUAUGGAUAGUUGUUUUGCAAUGCAAAUGUGUUGGAAUGUUAAUCCAUCAUUGUGUUUUUUUA